ACAACCCGCUCAACUUCAGCCCUCUGGGUCUAAACGUCCAUUAGGGCGUUGAUUUCAGCAUACAGAUUGGCAGAAAUGCUGCGCCAUCUGUCAACAAUAAUGCUCACCAGCCUUCUUAACUGGUUAGGGGGAUAUUGGAUUUUGGAGACGCUGCAGGAGACUAUCCCUGAGAAACGUUCAGGCCUCCUAAUAGCCCAUAAAGCUCUUGCAUUCCCCUAGAUGAAGCUAGUGUCAGGAUCUGAUCUCGUUUCCUUUUUUUCACUGGGUUAACUCCGCUGCGAAUGCUAUAGUUGUUACUCAUCUCACGGCUGAGGCCAAGAAUCAUCCUUCGGGGAAUAUAAUUUCACAACAGAGUCGAUCAUUACCUGCAUCUUCACCAGUGCAUUCUCCAAUCCACGUACUGGUACAGAUGUCUGACGACUCGAGCUCCUUGGUCAGCACCUCUGGCUUUGCUCUCCGCAUUAAUGGGUCUUGUGCAGACACUGAACAGGACUGCGGGGGAACAGUUGGGAGUUUUCGUGCCUGUUGCCCGGCUGGUUCCUUCUGUCCAAGCCAAUACAAUGUGAACUGCUGCCCGUCGUCAGCAAACUGUACAGAGUCACUGGUAGCAAAACCAAAAUGCGCAAACGAAACCUGGGACCUAUAUGACAACAACGGCUACUUCUGCUGCCUGCAAGAUACAACAGGUUACAGCACCCCGGGAAAUAGCGAUGGCUGUGCCAGUCCCGGCUACCCAUUUUCCGAAGAUGAGACAUUGUUGAGCAAAAUCUCCGCAGGUCAAAACAUUGCGACGGCAACCUCGACAACAUCAUCUGCUUCUUCCCCAACAACAACCACAACCAGAUCUCUUUCGGGGACAUUAACACCCCCGGCCUCAACCGCGUCUUCACAUGGUAGUAUGACAACGGGUGAUAUGAUCGCUGCCAUCGUGGGUAGUAUUGGCGGAUUUAUUGUCAUCGUGGGCGUUAUUUGGAUGACCUUCCGUCGUCACCGGAGGCGACGCACGGCUGAGCGCCCUGUUCCAAUAUCAGACCAGGUCAAGGAGUCCUAUACGCCGGUUCCAGAAUUAGAAGGACGAGAUCGUGCAGCAGAGCUCGAAGGUCGGUUUCCCGAACUUGAAGGGCGACCCGGUCAGCCGAUCUAUGAGCUAUCUUCAGAAACAACCGCGUACCCAUCGAAAGGGACUUAAGCUUCCCUUGUCGUCAAGUUUAUUUUUUGAUGUACAUACCUAUAUACCCGACGGCAUGUGUUGUGCAUGUAUUAUCUCUUUGUUUCCUGACUUACUAGCGAAAAUUAUGUGUGUGACGAAUGUUAUACAAUAGAAAUAAUAAUUGAGACUGUUGUGUGAUGGAGAAAUAGAAAUAGAACACUAGAUAUUGAUGUAAGUCAUCCACUAUGUAGAAAGUCUACCAAAGAU